AUGGGAGUCAGGCCUUGGCCGUACACCAUCUUCCAGCGUGGCUUUGACUUGGUGCUGGGCGAGCAGCCGUCCGACAAGAUUUUUCGGUUCACCUACACCCUAGGGGAAGGCAUGUGGCUGCCCCUGAGCAAGAGCUUUGUCAUCCCACCAGCCGAGCUGGCCAUCAACCCCUCAGCCAAGUGCAAGACCGACAUGACGGUGAUGGAGGAUGCAGUGGAGGUCAGGGAAGAACUGAUGACCUCCUCCUCCUUCGACAGCCUGGAGGUCCUCCUUGACUCCUUCGGCCCCGUCCGCGACUGCUCCCGAGACAACGGGGGCUGCAGCAAGAACUUCCGCUGCAUCUCAGACCGCAAGCUGGACUCGACGGGCUGCGUGUGCCCGACGGGACUGAGCCCAAUGAAGGACGGUACAGGCUGCUACGACCGUCACAUCGGUGUGGACUGCUCAGAUGGCUUCAACGGGGGCUGCGAGCAGCUGUGUCUGCAGCAGAUGGUCCCCCUGCCCGAGGACCCCCUGCUCUACAACAUCCUCAUGUUCUGCGGGUGCAUUGAGGACUACAAGCUGGGCACAGAUGGGCGAUCGUGCCAGCUCAUCUCAGAGUCGUGCCCCGAGCCGGGGGACUGCGGUGAGCCCCGUGAGCUGCCCAUGAACCAGACGCUCUUUGGGGAGAUCUUCUAUGGCUACAACAACCACUCCCAGGAGGGGGCUGCGGGGCAGGUGCUCCAAGGGACGGUCAGGCAGAACAACUUUGCCCGGGGCCUGGAGCAGCAGUUGCCAGAUGGGCUGGUGGUGGCCACGGUGCCCCUGGAGAACCAGUGCCAAGAGGAGCUCUCCGACCCCACGCCCGACCCCGAGUUCCUGACUGGGAUGGUGAACUUCAGUGAGGUGUCUGGGUACCCCCUCUUGCAGCACUGGAAGGUGCAGUCCGUCAUGUACCAUGUCCGACUCAACCAGCUGACCAUCUCCCAGUCCUUUAGCAAUGCACUCCACUCUCUGGAUGGGGCCACAUCCCGUGGAGAUUUCAUGGCGCUGCUGGACCAGUUUGGCAACCACUACAUCCAGGAGGCAGUGUACGGCUUCGAGGAGUCCUGCUCCAUCUGGUAUCCCAACAGGCAGGUCCAGCGGCAGCUCUGGCUGGAGUACGAGGACAUCAGCAAAGGAGCUCCGGGGUACAGGCAGCGUGAGUUUGGAUCUCACCGCUGGCACCGUGACCGCUGCAUCUUUUCCGUCAUGAAGCUGCAUAAGUCUCAGUAUGGGCACCAGCCUACUCGCAUGGCAGCCGGCGGGCGAGUGGAGUGCCGGAGCCGUGGGCGCUGCCCCUCCUCCUGCCCGCUCUGCCACGUCGCCUCCAGUCCUGAUGUGCCGGCCGAGCCCAUCCUGCUGGAGGUCACCAAAGCAGCCCCCAUCUACGAGCUGGUGACGAACAACCAGACCCAGCGGCUCUUGCAGGAGGCCACCAUGAGCUCGCUAUGGUGCUCAGGCAGCGGGGAUGUCAUCGAGGACUGGUGCCGCUGUGACUCGAGUGCCUUUGGGGCUGACGGGCUGCCCACCUGCGCACCUCUCCCGCACCCCAUCCUGCGGCUCUCCACUGUUCAUGAGCCCAGCAGCACACUGGUGGUGCUGGAGUGGGGGCACUCAGAGCCCCCCAUCGGGGUGCAGAUCGUCGACUACCUCCUCCGUCAAGAGAAAGUCACCGACAGAAUGGACCACUCCAAGGUGGAGACAGAGACGGUGCUGAGCUUCGUGGAUGACAUCAUCUCCGGUGCCAAGUCACCCUGCGCCAUGCCUGCCCAAGUGCCUGACAGGCUGUCCUCCACCAUCUCCCUCAUCGUUCGCUGCCUGGAGCCCGACACAACAUACAUGUUCACGCUCUGGGGUGUUGAUAACACAGGAAGACGCUCCAGGUCCAGUGAUGUGACAGUCAAGACCCCCUGCCCUGUGGUAGAUGAUGUGAAAGCUCAAGAAAUAGCAGACAAAAUCUACAACCUCUUCAAUGGCUACACCAGCGGCAAGGAGCAGCAAACAGCCUACAACACUCUGCUGGACUUGGGUUCCCCCAGCCUGCACCGAGUCCUUUACCACUACAACCAGCACUACGAGAGCUUUGGGGAGUUCACCUGGCGCUGUGAAGAUGAGCUGGGACCCAGGUAG